CAACAAAAUCCCCAUACCCAUUUUCUCUCUCUUCCGCUCUCUCUCUCCAGUCUUCGGCCCUUCUGUGUUUAGGGUUUCUCGGUGUGGCACUCUUCAGUCUCAGAGGGUUCCAAUUUUGUUGAUUUGACUGGUGAAUGUGUGUUAAUGCGACCCUCGGACUCCGACAAACCUCCCUACGUUGCUCGUGUUGAGAAAAUUGAAGCCGAUCACCGGAACAACGUGAAGGUUCGGGUUCGGUGGUAUUAUCGGCCGGAAGAAUCAAUUGGAGGACGGAGGCAGUUCCACGGGGCAAAGGAACUUUUCCUCUCGGACCACUUUGAUGUUCAGAGUGCUCACACUAUAGAGGGUAAAUGCACAGUGCACUCUUUUAAAAACUAUACCAAGCUUGAGAAUGUUGGUGCAGAGGACUACUUUUGCAGAUUCGAGUACAAGGCUGCCACUGGCGGAUUCACACCAGACCGUGUAGCUGUGUACUGUAAAUGUGAGAUGCCAUACAACCCCGAUGACCUUAUGGUUCAGUGUGAGGGAUGCAAAGAUUGGUUUCAUCCAUCAUGCAUGGGAAUGACCAUUGAAGAAGCAAAGAAGUUGGAUCACUUUUUGUGUUCAGAUUGUUCAUCAGAAAAUGAUGCAAAGAGGUCCUUGAAUGCAUUUCCAGUAUCACCUUCUGCCGAGGCUAAGGUGGAGCCAAAGCGCCGGAAGAGAUGACUGGCUGACUGAUCACGGUUCAUGUAGGUGACAAGGAGGUGGAUUCUGUAACUUAAAGUUGUAGAGCAGCUAAUGAAGCAGGUAUGCAAUGUAAUGCUUUCGUAUUUGGAUGUGGAAGCAGAAUAGUAAUGGAGGUUGGUUCAUCCAUGGUAGUUAUAAAAUUAUGCCAUCUUUAUGACUUGUGUUUAGACAAUGUGCCAAAGCCUUCUUCCUUUUUCCCCCAUGUUCUUACAUGAAGCAUUUUCUAGGUAAAACGGUGCAUUGGACAGAAUUGAUUUUGGGUUCCACUCCCAGGAAAUGCAGCCAUUAUUAAGCCAUUGAGCUCUGAAAUUCCCACCAACUUUCAAACCAAAGGAACCAACUUAUAAAAGCUUCCUUAUUCUCUAUUUACAGUCACAUUUCAAAUUUUACUAUCAAAAUGAAACCAGGUGAAUAUUUGGGCAAGAAUAUCAAUUUGUAUCUCUGUAUACUCGUUCUUUGUAUUGUUGAUUUAUUGGUAAUCUCCAAACAACCCUUUUCCUUCA